AUGAGUAAUAGAGAAUUACAAGCAUUUUUACACAGGAAAAAUGAGUUAUCAUUAAUAAAUGAAUGUGUUGUGUACGGUGAACGUAUUGUUAUUCCACAAGUCUACAAAAAACGUGUACUUAAACAAUUACAUCGUGGUCAUCAAGGUAUUGAGCGUACCAAGGCAUUAGCACGGAGUUUUGUAUAUUGGCCAAACAUUGAUGCUGAUAUAAAAACAUUUAUUCAAAACUGCAAUCAAUGUGCAAAUGCAGCAAAGGUGCCUACGAAAACAUUACUUCAUUCUUGGCCCACACCAAGCGAACAGUGGAAGCAGGUGCAUAUAGACUAUGCUGGACCGAUAGAAGGAUGGUAUUUUUUGGUCAUUGUUGACGCAUAUUCAAAGUGGCCGGAAAUUGUUCAAACAAAAGCAAUGUCAUCACAAGCAACUGUGAAUAUUUUAAAUGUUUUUGCCCGAUUUGGUCUGCCAAAAAUAAUCGUAUCAGAUAAUGGCACAGUUUCGUAG